AUGGCGAAGAAGGCCGCGGUUAUCGCCACGCUGCUGGCCCUGAACCUGCUCCUCUUCACCUUCGCCGACGCCUGCGGCUGCCACUGCGGAUCCUGCCCUAGCCCCGGCGGAGGGGGCGGCGGUGGGGGUGGCGGUGGAGGUGGGAGCGGUGGCGGUGGUGGUGGGAGCGGUGGCAGUGGAGGGAGCGGUGGAGGCGGUUCUGGAGGAGGCGGCAGCAGCGGAGGCGGAUCUGGAGGAGGCGGCAGCGGCGGAGGCGGAUCAGGAGGAGGUGGCAGCAGCGGCGGCGGGUCCGGCGGUGGCGGAUCGGGAGGAGGCGGAUCAGGCGGGCGCGCGCGGUGCCCCAUCGACGCGCUGAAGCUGGGCGUGUGCGCCAACGUGCUCAACGGGCUGAUCAACCUGCAGCUGGGGACGCCGCCGAAGCAGCCGUGCUGCUCGCUGAUCCAGGGCCUCGCCGACCUGGAGGCGGCGGUGUGCCUCUGCACGGCGCUCAAGGCCAACAUCCUGGGCAUCAACCUCAACGUGCCCAUCGACCUCAGCCUCCUCGUCAACUACUGCGGCAAGAACGUCCCCUCCGGCUUCCAGUGCCCCCGCUAG